AUGGAUGGAUGGAUGGAUGCUGUUGCUGCUGCUAUUACUGCUGUUGCUGUUGUUGAUGCUACUGCUGCGGGGCUGCGCUCGCGUACACCAAAUGCUGGGUAUGGAUGGGCCUUUGCAGUUAAAUGUGUAAUGCAGGGAAGAGUCCCAUACAUGCAUACACAGACACGGGCAGGUGAACAGAUAAACAGACACGCACUAACGCACAACUAUGAACGUACGUAUGCUCUGAGACACGCACUCUUCAUAGAACAGGAAGAGAUAGACGUAACGUGUACACGCAGAGAGGGAAGCAACAGACACGCAUGGAAGGAAGAAUAA